AUGUGUGGUAUUCUACUGGUGAACGGACGACAGGGCAGGGAGUUGAUGCUUACUGCAGAUUGGCGUCGCGAUAGUGUAGUCCUUGUUCAGGAUCCCGAUUCUGGGAGUCGGUACACAUCGGAAUAUGUCGGAACGGCCGAAUCAUAUUUAUCGGUGGCUCGCAACCCUGGUUUUCCCGUUGUGGAAUCCUCAACCAGAGAAUGA